AAAGAAAGGGAAAGGUCUUGAGGAUAUAUAAAGGUUGGUACAUGGCAAUUUCAUAAAGAAAAUCCUCGGGAAAGAUUCCAUAAAAGCUACUGGGUAUUCUAUCGUACUGUACUCGGAUUGAGUCCAAUAACGAGUCGUGUCUCUUUCAAUAUUUCAAUACGGUCGGUACCCAUCUGAAUCUCUACGGUAUCAUCGAAUUCGGCAGAAAAUCAAAUCUUUAUACAAAAGAAGAGCAGAAGACACCAAGAUAUUUUCUUUCUUAAGAAGUGGAUUGCUUGAUUUCAUUUGGUUCUUUCAAUUCGUCAAGUCUUACCCAUAAAAUCCAUUAGCCUUGUAUAGUCGGGAUAAUCUAACCUCAAAUUCCACAAAUUCAAGCUACUUUAUACCGAAAAUAUAUUAACGUCAAAAAAUUGAUCAGAAAUUCAAAUUCAAAUUCAAAUUCAAAUUCAAAUUCAUAAAAGGAAAGGGAGGAAAGGAAAGGAAAGGGAAGGAAAGGAAAGGACAGGAAAGGAAAGGGAAAAUGGAUUCAACUUAUACACCUCAAUCCCCCCGAUCUAUCGGGUUUCUUAGCACCUGGUACAUAUAAAAAUCAGCAAACCUCAUCAUAUGCACCCAGAUCACCGGUAAUUCCUGAUUUUAGUACUCUUGCAUCCUCAAGAGCCUCGCCAUCAAUUCAACCACAAAAUCAAUAUAUAAAUUACCAACGAAAUCAAAGAAAUCAACAAAUAUUUACUCCCGGUGGAGAUGCAAUAAAUGAAUUUGAUCAAUACGAUUCAAGUCAACAUAUGCCACCAAUUCCAGCUUUACCUUCUACGCAUUUAUUACAUUCCUUCGGAAUCCAAGGAACAAAUUCAUCAAAUUCAUCAAAUCCAUCAAAUUCAUUUAUAACGGCCCCACAAUUUUACUACCCCUCUCACUCUCACUCUCACUCUCAGACCAUCAAAUCAGAAUUUGACUAUAAUAACAAUUCAUCUCCAGCUAUCGUCGCUAACUCACAAUUUCAUCAAUCUCAUCAAUCUCAUCAAUCUCAUCAAUCUCAUCAAUCUCAUCAAUCUCAAUCUCAAUCUCAAAACACUUCAACUACCAUAUUUUCCGAAAUCCCUUACAACAAUCGUAUCCCAUCACCUUUUGACCUUACAUCCAACAAUCCUACAUCUGUAUACCAGUCCAACAAUAAUAACUCAUCUCUCUCUCGCCAAAAUUAUACCCCAAACCCACUGGAUAUGUCAACGCGAGAACCACGGCAACCACGCGUUAAAUCUCAACCCAAUAUCCCAAAUACAUUCGACCCAUCCUCUCAAUACAAUACCAACAUGUCAACUUACCCGCUAGGUCCUCAACUACCUCUCGCAAGUGCUCCUCCUCCGCCUACGACGACGACCAAAAAUCCAAAUCCCGACAAUAUAGAGAUUCGCACAAAAUUCCCGUCGCCCGCAUAAAACGCAUCAUGCAAGCCGAUGAAGAAGUAGGAAAGGUAGCUCAAGUAACACCGGUUGCAGUGAGCAAGGCAUUGGAGCUUUUUAUGAUUAGUUUGGUGCAAGGAGCUGCGAGGGUGGCGAGGGAGAAAGGUGGAAAGAGGGUUACGGCGGGGUGUUUGAAGAGGGUUGUGGAGGGGAUGAACAGUUUGAUUUUGAGUGAGAUUGUAGGGAGGGUACAGGAGGUGAUCCCGUUGCGAAGGAGGAGAAGGAGGGUGCGGAGGGGAGUGGGAGAAGGCGUCUGCUGCUGCUGCGGCGCCGAGAAGGAAGGAGGGGAGGAGAGGGUGGAUGAGAAUAUGGGGUGGAACCGAAGAAGAAGGGUAGGGGUAAGGGAAAGGGUGGGAGGAAGAAGAAGGCUGAGGUUGAGAGUUGAUGGGUGGGUUUUUGGGGAGAUUAUACAUGGAUUUUGUUGAUGGGAGGAUAUUGAUAUUGAAGAAGUCGGUUUUGCUUUUAGCUGGAUGGGUGUAUGGAUGGAUGGGCAAAUAGGCGCAUGGCGUUAGAUGGAUGGAUGGAUGGAUGGAUGGAUGAUUAUGGAGUGGCAUAUACAUAGGGACCAUACAGACAUACAUGGAGGCGCUAUGCGGUGGUUUUUGAAUUCGAGUCUCGAGUUCGAGUUUCGAGUUUUGACCAGACGAUUUGAGUUAUUCUUCCACUCGAACGUUACAUUA